UUUUUUUUUUUUGUUUUACAAAUGAGGAGAGAUGUGCGUAUUCUUCUUGUUGGCGAUGGUAAAAAAAUAAAAAUCCGUUUAUAAGAUUACGUGUAAAAAAAAAAAAAGUAGACUUAUCCUUUAUAAAUAGAGGGAGUAGGUCCAACAUCUUAUACCUGAAGUAACAAUUCCACCAGAAGUUACCCCAGAAAAUGUUACUAUGCAUAUUAUGGAUUCUUCUGCACGAACUGAAGAUCGUGAACAACUAGAAGCAGAAAUACGUAAAGCACAUGUUAUAUGUAUAGUAUAUGCUAUCGAUGAUCCAAACACAUUCAAUCGACUUUCGUUAUAUUGGCUACCUUACAUUCGUUCUUUAGGCGUUAAUGUUCCUGCUGUAUUAGUUGGUAAUAAGAUUGAUUUACGCGGUACUGAUGUUGCAAAUCAAAAUCUUGAAGAUGAAGUGAUACCUAUUAUGAACGAAUUCAAAGAAGUGGAGACUUGCGUUGAAUGCUCAGCUAAACAGUUAUUAAAUGUUUCCGAAGUAUUUUAUUUUGCUCAAAAAGCAGUUCUUCAUCCAACUGCACCACUUUAUGAUUCAAGAGAACAUGUAUUGAAACCGCAGUGUAUUGAAGCAUUGAAACGUAUAUUUAAAUUAUGUGAUACUGAUAAGGACAAUAUAUUAAAUGAUAGUGAAUUAAAUGAAUUUCAGAGGAAAUGCUUUAAUGCACCCUUACAACCACAAGAACUUGAUGGUGUAAAAGAUGUUGUUCGAGAGCAUGAGCCUGAUGGAGUAAAUGACGUAGGUUUGACAGAAGCUGGUUUCAUAUUUUUACAUUCGUUAUUUAUUCAACGAGGACGACUUGAGACUACUUGGACUGUAUUACGUAAAUUUGGCUAUGGUGAUGACCUUUCUCUACGCGAAGAUUUCUUGUUACCAUCAUUUGAUGUACCUUCGGAAUGCUCAGUUGAAUUAAGUCCUUAUGGUUAUCAAUUUUUCGCUGAAUUAUUUCAAGCAUUUGAUAAAGAUAAAGAUGGUGCUUUAAAUCGAGUUGAGCUUGAUUCUUUAUUCAGCACAUCCCCUGGUAAUCCCUGGGCAAAUACAGGAUUCCCUCAUACAACAAUCACAACUGAAACUGGUGCAGUUACUUUACAAGGAUGGUUAGCACAAUGGAGUAUGACUACUUUAUUAGACCAUAAAACAACAUUAAAAUAUUUAGCUUACCUUGGUUUUGAAGGCGACACGCGUACAGCUCUCAAAGUUACUAAACCAAAAAGAAUGGAUCGUAAAAAAGGAAAGAUUCAGCGUAACGUUUUCUCGUGUUAUAUUUUUGGUGCUCCUGGUUCAGGAAAGACUUCAUUAUUAAAGGCUUUUGUUCAUAAACCAUUUUCUGAAAAAUAUCAACCAACAACAGAACCUUUUCAAGUCGUUAAUUCUGUAGAAAUGAAAGGAGCAGAGAAGUAUUUAGUGAUGCAAGAAGUUGAAUCAAAUCAAAUAUCUGAAAUCUUGUCCAGUAAAAAGAAACUUGAGCAGUGCGAUUUAUUAUGUUUUGUUUAUGAUACAAGUGACGCAAACUCGUUUGAAUAUGUGGUAUCAUUAAGGGAAAAAUAUAAAAUAGAUCAUGUUCCUACAGUUUUAGUUGCUACCAAAUGUGAAUUAGAUUUAGUGACUCAAAGGUUUGAAGUGCAACCUGAUAUUUACUGUAGAAAUUUAGGUUUAGCUGUACCACUAAGUGUCUCUGUUAAAGAAAAUCAAAUGGCUGAUUUAUAUCAUAUUUUAACUGGUGUAGCGAUGAAUCCUACAAUUGCUACUCCAGGUAUAGCAAAUAAAGAGAAAGGGGAUAAAUCAUGGUUAACAAAGAAUUAUCUUACGCUAUCUUUAGUGGCAGGUGUUGUGAUAUUGACAGGUUUAGCUGGAUAUAAAUACUUAAAACAUCAUUCUGCUAUUUUUUCUGCUAAUCAAGGAGUACAUGCUGCAGUUACUGUAGCAUCAAAAAAGAAAGAAAUUUUAUAAUGUAUAUUUCUACUAUAAACCACAUACAGACUUUAUGAAUAAAAGUAAAGUUUAAUAAUAAUAAUAAUAAUGAAAAAAAAAGAGAGAGAGAGAGAUUUUAAUAAUAAUCCAUAUUUUUUCCAUUUUGAUGGUUAUUCCCUUGAAGGUUA